UGCAGCUGAGCUCUAUACAUAGCUGCCUUUGCUCAAGGCAAAGGGCUUCAGCGGAUGGAGUGCUUUUUCCUUUCCAAAAAUGCCUAGGAGUUUAAUUAAACUUCAAGUAUAAACCAGCUGGCGGGAGAUACCACCUUAUCAACUUGUUGACGGCUUGCAAUUCCAAGUGAAGAUGGGUGUCCUAGCUGUGCUAAUUCUCCCACUGCUGGUGGUUGGAAUCAGCGGGAUUGUAUAUAUUUAUCGGACAGUUACUCAUCUGAUGUCAAAAUCUGCCGUGCGGAGCAAAGUUGUAGUGAUCACUGAUGCUCUCUCCGGUGUCGGCAAGGAAUGCUCACGAGUAUUUCACACAGGUGGAGCAAGGCUAGUUCUAUGUGGUAAACACCUGGACAAGUUAGAAGCUCUCUAUGAUGCUUUAAACAGUGUGGCUGAUCCUAGAGCAACAUUUACGCCAAAGCUUGUCCUCCUAGAUCUGUCUGAUGUAAACUGCAUCCAGGAUGUAGCUAAAGAAAUCCUGGAUUGCUAUGGAUGUGUGGAUAUACUUAUCAACAAUGCUAGCACAAAGGUGAAGGGAACAGUGCAGAACAUAUCACUGGAAAUUGACAAAAAGGUUAUGGAUGCCAACUAUUUUGGGCCUAUAACGCUCACCAAAGCCCUUAUUCCCAACAUGAUCUCCAGAAGAACUGGGCAAGUUGUGCUAGUCAAUAACAUCCAGGGGAAAGUAGGAGUCCCUUUUCGUGGAGCCUAUGCUGCUUCCAAGCAUGCCGCUCUGGGCUUCUUUGAUUGCCUGAGGGCAGAACUGCAGGAAUUUGGUGUUUGUGUCAGUACUGUGUCUCCAAGUUUCAUACGUGCAUCCCAUGUUCAACCACAAGCUAGCAACUGGGAAGCCUCUGUGUGGAAAUUCUUUUUCAGAAAACUGGCCAAUGGUGUCCACCCUGUGGAGGUAGCGGAUGAAAUUCUCCGGACAGUGAGCAGGAAGAAGCAAGAAGUGUUCAUGGCAAAUCCCAUUGCAAAGGCAGCUGUUUACAUUCGCACGUUCUUCCCAGAGUUGUUUUUUGCUGUUGUGGCCGCUGGAGUGAAAGAAAAACAGAAAAUAGAAGAUGAAAAAUGAUUUGUAUCCUGCUCAUCUAAGUUGGCCGUAGGGUUGCCAGAAGCUCUCUAUUAUGUGGGCUGAUCCAUUGGGAAGCUAAAAGCAGGGAAGUUAGCAGAAGAUCAUACAACUCAAAAAUGAAACAAUGAAAUGUUUCUGGUUUGAGGAUUUUGAGGCAGUGGAGUUGGGAAUGGUAGUCUUUUCAACUACUAUUAAAGGUGCACUCCUGGGCUCUGGAACUACAAUCCCCAGGGUGCUUUGUGAGCCAUCGGAAACACCUGUGCUUUGUCUCCUGGGAAUUGCAGUUACACAAGAAAGUUAAUAAAAUGGAGGAAGAAGCUAUGCUCUGCAUGUUGGUUCUUGUACUCAGAGAGGAGUCGUGGAAGUAGGGAGACCUAAAUAGACACAAAGAGAAAAUGAGGAGGUUCAGGCACCAGGGAUAACUGGAGAAAUAGUUGGGGUGAGUUUAUGUGUUUGUUAACAAAGUGUUGAGCUGGUAGGAAGCAAACUUGAUUUAGUGAAGAGGAAAUCCUCAGGAAGCAAAAGUGAAGUGCCUUGACAAUAUCUGCACUAGAAUUAUCCCUCUUCCAGCUU